AUGGAGAACCCACCGCCACCACCACCACCACCGCCAAACCGUAACCCUUUUGAACCUGAAUACGAAUGUAAAUAUUGUAACAAAAAAUUUAAUACCAAACAAGCUUUGGGAGGGCACCAAAAUGCCCACAAGAGUGAAAGGACUUUGGAGAGAAGUAUGUUAGACUUCUCAGGAACCCAUUCUAGAUAUUAUAGUGGGAUGGGGCCAUUCCCGGGAUUUUACAAUAGGCCUUUACAGGCCCCACAAAUGUUAUUCCCGGAAAUGCAGGCGAUGCCCCCAUUACGCCCCCGGGUAGUGAUUGUUGAACCACAACUCCCACGGCCGCCACCGCAAUUACACAACUUCUUUCCAGGUGCAAGCCCUAUGGGUAGUACUUCCGGAGGUAGUAGUAGCGCUGGGGCUCGUGAGGGCAGUGCCCUUGCUGCCCCAGGAAAUGAUGAGUCAAAUAUUGAUGACUCGGGGCUCGAUUUAUCUCUUAAGUUAUAA